AUGGCCGACACGUUGCUUCCGGGUAUUGACCAACGUAAACUAAGAGAACGUCUGUCCCAUUGGGAUUCUUCAAGCGACCCUAAAGCACCAUUGACAACAUCGCAGAAAGAUGCUCUUAUCGAACUUGCGAAAUUUUCAAACGAAAGACCAAUGCCAGCUGAGCUCCCUGCUGACGAAGGAUCACAAUCAAUGCUCCAAACCCGCACAUCAGGGAAUGAAACAGAGGAUAAGGCCCAAAGCAUCGUGCACAAGUACAUGCAGGCUACAGAUCUUGAUGGGUCAGGCAGGAUUGAUAAUUCACAACAGUUUUUCUCCUGGUUUGCUGAGGUUGAGAAUGAAAUUGAGGAGGAAGAAGAGCUGCCUUUCAGAUACCACAUGGAAGAACUAGCGGGCCACCGGAGCCAGUGUGACCGCGUGUUGGAUGAAGUCUCUGCAGGGCUGCAACACCUCAUGGAGCUACAGAGUCAGUACAUCAACGUAUCAACGAAAACCAACGCCCUUCAUGAGGCCUGUGAGCACCUCCUGGAUGAACAGACUCAGCUGAUGAACACAGCGGAGAGUAUCAGCAAUAAGUUGUCCUACUUCAAUGAGCUGGAGAGCAUAUCUAGUAAACUUGGAUCGCCAACACUGACCGUGACCAAUGAAUCGUUCGUCCCAAUGUUGUCAAGAAUGGAUGAGUGCAUACUCUAUAUUAAAAACAAUCCUCGCUACAAAGAGUCGGACAUGUACCUUGCCCGGUUUAAGCAGUGCUUGUCCAGGGCCCUGAACCUUAUGAAGACACAUGUGACCAACAUUCUUCAGGCUUCAACACAGCAUGUUAAGCAUACCAAGCAGUCCCAGCAGUCAGCCAAUGAGAAUGCCUUCACCUUAUUUUAUGGGAAGUUCCGAGCGAAUGCUCCGAGGGUGAAAUCGCUGAUGGAACAGCUUGAAAUCAGGAUUGAGAAGGCACCGGAGUAUGAGCAGAUUCUGUCAGACUGUCAUCAGUGUUACUUCUCUCAGAGGGAACAGCUUCUGGCCCCCAGUAUCACAUCCACUAUCAACGACCUGGCCUCCAAACAUGUCAGAGACCAUUGCUCGCUGAUGCGAAGUGGUUGUGCAUUCAUGGUACAUGUGUGUGAAGAUGAAUAUCAACUUUACUUUAACUUCUUCUCAAAACCAACAUCCCAGCUUGAUGAGAUGCUGGAGCGGCUGUGUGGAUGUCUGUAUGAUGUGUUCCGACCCCUGAUCAUCCAUAUCAACCACCUGGAGACUCUUGCCGAACUCUGCAGCAUCAUCAACAUUGAAAUGAUAGAAGAACAUGUCCAGAACAAUCCCCAAGAGUUGCGUGCAUUUGAGAAUGUGACACGGCAACUCUUGAUGGACGUUCAGGAACGACUUGUGUACCGCACAUACAUAUAUAUAAGGUCUGAUAUCCUACAGUACUCUGCAGCACAGGGCGACCUGGCAUACCCAGAGAAAUUGGAGAUGAUGGAGAGUAUAGCGGAGAGCAUCAAGAAAGGCCAACUGAAAGGUCACUCUCGGACGCCCUCUAAUGCCUCAAGCACAAGUGCAGAGGUUGCACGCCUCACCGGGGCAACAGGGGGAGAAAAUGAGGGGGAGACAACCUCGCUGGAGAACGUGCCGCUACAGGAGGACCCCGCAUCAGGCUGGCAGGAUGUCUCUGCAGGGCCUAGCACAAACCUGACCACCUCAAUGCCGAUGUCGCCUGCUGACCUACAUGGAAUGUGGUACCCUACAGUACGGAGAACCCUCGUUACCCUGUCCAAAUUGUACAGGUGUAUUGAUAAAACGACAUUCCAAGGCCUAUCCCAGGAGGCACUACAGAUGUGUAUACAGUCCCUACUGAAUGCCAAGGAGGGAAUCACUAAGAGAAAGACGGCCCUUGAUGGCCAGCUUUUCAUGAUAAAACACCUCCUGAUUCUUAGAGAGCAAAUAGCUCCGUUCCAGGCCGACUUUUCCAUUCGUGAAACUACACUAGACUUCAGUAAGCUUAAAGAGCUGAAACUCAACAAUUUAGUGGAUGCUGCUUACGGCCUCAUGAACCGGAAGUCCCAGAUAUUUUCUCUAAGUUCCAGCAACUCCCUUCUGCAAUUUAUAGCUGAGGGUACUCCCCAGGUUCAGGAGCACUUUGUGGAUUCAAAGCGGGAUGUAGAUGGACAAUUGAAGCGAACAUGUGAAGAGUUCAUUCACCAUGUUUCUGACAUGAUGACCGAACCACUCAAGACUUUCCUAUCAAGGGCGUCAAUCAUCAUCAAUAUGGGCGAGGAUGAGAAUAUCAAACAUGUUAGCCUGAGGACCCAGCCCUUCGCUGCGCCCGAGAAACUUCAUGACAUCGUUGCCGAGACAUACAAACUUGUGAAAAAAUCCAUCCCGAAUGUUCAUAGGAGCAUGGCCCUCUACCUUGCGAAUAGAGAGACAGAAAUUAUCCUCUUCAAACCUAUAAAGGUGAAUGUGCAGCAGCGUUUCCAGCGCCUUGGUGAGAUUCUCUCACAGCACUUCACCGAGGAGGAUCAGCAAAUAGUAGCCUGCCCAAGACAGGAACAGAUCAAUCUACUUUUGAUGUCUGCCAGGCCAUAAAUAACUCCCAACUGCUUUAGACCAGAUAAGAUGGGUUAUCAUCCGGACAGAUGUUUGAAUCUUCAUGUUAUAAUGAUUAAUUGGUUUAUCUGAGGUUUACUUACUUAUUUGUCACAGUUUCAUUUCUAUGAUUUUUUUUGUGGUUUUAUGGUAAAAUCAUGUUUAAGGUGUGUUUAACUGCUUUUUAUACUUGUGGUUAAAAAAAUAUCCAAAGCCAUUUUUUUUCUCUGACGCAUACUGAAAUCAAUCAAACGAUUGCAUCAAUUUAAAAUUUGAAGCCUUAUUUUAAAUCAUUGAAACUUAAAAUUGCCCUGUAUCCAAAUUUCUGUAUGACAAUAAGCUCAUUAAACACUUUUCUUAAAAUAGUAUUUACAAUUGUAAUUGUUUGUUUAACAAUUAUGUAAAUUUGAAUUGUAAGGAUAUUUAGCCUGCUAAGAUAAACAAAUUGAAUUUAACAUUUUACAAAAAAAAUUGUAUGUACAAAAUGAGGACAUUUUCAGGGGUUCUUAAGUUGAGCAUUAAUCCUGAAAAUCAAGAUUGAAAGCUUUUAACUUCAGACCAGUGUCUGGGACCUAUAACGACACUCCCAGCUAAUUGUUCAGUUGUAAGGAUUGUUUCUUUGCUCGGUCAUCUGCAUCAAAAACAGAAGAAAGAACAUUGAAAUGAAUAUAAAUUACAUUGAAAACAAUUUUAAAAGGGGGACUCUAAGCCCCAAGCCCUUGAAUCCUGCUUUGGGCAUGAUAAUGAUCUCUCCUAUUCUAUCUGAUUCUCAGCUAUUUUUUCAGGAUUGACAAUUAUCAGCUGUUAGAAUCUCAGCAUCUACUGAGGCAAUACUGAGGGAUAUUAUAAUUGUUUAGUCUGUUAUGUAUAAAAUGUAUAAAUUAUGUGGUCAUUAAAUUGAGAAAUUCAGAAAAGUAUUAUAAGCAAACAUAUCAACAUUGGAAAAAUUGUCAGAAUUGUUGAGGAGGUAUAUUGCUGUUAGCAACAAAGAUGGCAUUUUUCUAUAUUACAUUUAAAGAUUAUAAAAGUGGUUAGAGGUGAGCAAAAUGAUAAGAAUUUUAAACUGAUCUGCUGUUCAUUUUUUUUCAAAAAAAUAAGACCAGGUACUGCCAUAAUAAAGGCAUUCCAUAAAAAGAAAAUGAAUGGUGUCUUUUUUGCUGCUGAUACCAUUUUUGUUGAAACACGCCUUGCAAUGGAUCCAAACUAGUCCAAAUAAAAUGGCUUGAUUUAUUUUAAGAUCGUUAGAUCUAUAUUUGGCUCUAAAUGUUGAUUUAGAAUCAAUGUAUUUAGUUAAGGUUCUUGUUGAGUUGCUUUUGUUAUUUAUUGUGUUAAAACAUUUUAGACAGGAACUUCAAUGUGCUAAGAGGGUUCUGUUAUAUUUUAUUCAUCUACAUAAAAUGUUAAAUACGACCACAGUUUAACUUAAAUUGCUCUUUUUAUGACCAUUAUGGGAAAGAAAUAAAACAUGGAAAUAUG